UCUCCCACUACCAAAUUCGAUUUCACCGCCCGCAGCAGCCGCCCAAGCCGACUUCACCAAGCAGCAGCCGCCGACGAGCAGCAGAAGCAGGCGCGAUGGCCCGUACCAAGCAGACCGCCCGCAAGUCCACCGGCGGCAAGGCCCCCCGCAAGCAGCUCGCCACCAAGGCGGCGAGGAAGUCGGCGCCGACCACCGGUGGCGUGAAGAAGCCUCACCGCUACAGGCCCGGGACCGUGGCGCUCCGCGAGAUCCGCAAGUACCAGAAGAGCACCGAGCUGCUGAUCCGCAAGCUCCCGUUCCAGCGCCUGGUGAGGGAGAUCGCGCAGGACUUCAAGACCGACCUCAGGUUCCAGUCCCACGCCGUGCUGGCCCUCCAGGAGGCCGCCGAGGCGUACCUCGUCGGGCUGUUCGAGGACACCAACCUGUGCGCCAUCCACGCCAAGCGCGUCACCAUCAUGCCCAAGGACAUCCAGCUCGCCCGCCGCAUCCGCGGGGAGCGCGCCUAAGCCACCCAGAGCGCUGCAUUCGGGAGCGAUGACACCGUUCGCCAGCAUUAGUAUUAGUGUAGUUGAUUGGCUUUCCUUGUCCAGAUAUGCGUCUUGUGGUUCGUUGUAGAAACCCUGGUUGGUUGGUUCCCGUAGUUACAGAGACUUUUCUGCUUAAGUGGUUUUGGUUUGCGGUGUUGCAAACCGAUGCUUACUGUGAUGCAAAUUGUUGGUUAAUGUAGUGUUGGUUGACAAUUAUCGAUGGAUGAACUUGUGGUGUUGCGUA